AUGGUCUUUUUAUUAUUACCCCAUCCCUUGAUUCGAAGCCGAUCACCCCUCUGUUUAUUGCUUUUCCCUACAUCCCUGUCUCCAUGGCCCUUCCUUACCGGGCCUAGCGUGUUACCUUCCAUGAGAAGCGCCUAUCCACUUUCUAUUCACUUUUUUUGUUUUAUCCAGCCUCAUUCUGUCGCGCUUCUCUUUCUCUCUGUCCCUACCUCAUCUACUCUAACAACUUUUCGGGAAAGGACUUUCUCUAUCUCUCUCUCUCUCUCUCUCUCUCCCUAUUUUUUUUUCUUUUUUAUUCACGUCGGAGAUGUGCGCGCGUAUGCAGAGGCAAGCUUUUCCUCACCGAGACUUCAACAUGAACGGACACACGUACACAGCGAUGCGUCGUCUCACACGCACCGGCCCGGGCAUGUGCGUUUCUUAACUAUGAAAUUCUUACGACUAGAAGGCAGGUGUCCACGUGUUCUCAAGGUCAACAGGCACUUAUUCCGCCAGUCUCUCUAUCUCUCUCUCUCAUUAGGUUUUGUUUGCUUGCUUCUUUCACUUUAUCUGUCUUUAGGUCACGUGUAUGGGGCACCAAUCACAUGCAUUUACACCCAUCUAUUCAAAUACGAUUAUACGAGUUACAAGAAACACCUCAGAACUACCCACGUAUUUUGUUCUCUUCCGACUUCCCUUUAUCUUCCAUUCUCCAAGUUCUUUCUUUCACCAAUCAAAUCGCUUUUGGAGAAACUCACUUUGAUAUUAACAUCAUCAGUCCAUAAUAGUUUAUGGUACCCCAUUUUCUAUUUAAUUCUUCUUCACUUUUUUGCCAAUUCCUUGCCUCGUUCACUUUCAAUCGAAGCGUCAUCGGCUCAACCUCUUUUACUAUCUUCUUCACUCUCUUCAAGUUUUGCUUCAUUCAUUCUUUUAUUCCUGCCAUCAUGGUCCAAUAUCCCUCCCGCUUCCAUGGUACUGCUUUCCAUUGUGUUUUCUUUUAUCUUUCUCUUGUAUUUCUGUGCUUUCUUUCAUAUUUCUUUGACUGAUUUCUUUCUUUUCUCAUGUACAUCUCUUUUUCUUUUACUCUCGUAUUUUUUUAAAAAUUUCAUUUGGUAUCUUUCUCUUCAUUGGACACCACUCGUUCACCUGUCUCUCUUCUCCAACAAUUUGCAUUCAUUUUCCUUUGUUUUAAUUAAUUAUAUUACUAUUUAUUUUUUCGUCUUUCUGUUUAAUUCUUUCAUCACUUUUUCAUCUUCUCCUUCCCUUCUAUCUCUACUUAUUUCUUCCCUUUCUUUCUUUCUUUCUUUCUUUCUCUUUCUUUCUUUCACCUUUCAACAUUUUUCCUCCUCUCUCUUUGACUCGCUCUUUGCUAGCAUGCGCAUUUUCUUCCUUCUUAUUUUUACGAUUAUUAUUAUUUAG